AUGUUGAUUGAUAAGCAACAUUCCACAAUCAAGUCUUAUAAAGAUGACAAGAGCUCACCAUGGUACGAAGAAAGACAAGUUAUUGCCACACUCUAUAAAGCACGUGUAUUACUUCACGAAAUGUUAUAUCAAAAACUUAAUCAAGAAAGACUUUCAUCUGGCAAUCUUUGUGUCGCUGAAAUUCAAUCUUUAUUAAACACCCAAAAAGAAGAUGUCGAAACUGAUUGGAUCGCCGAAAUUCAAGAACUUAAAAGAAAUAUGGUUGCUGAAAUUCGUCGUAACCAUCUUUUAGAAAGAGAUGUCAAUAAAUUGGAUAAACGUAUUGCAUUAUUAAUCAAGCAUAGAUCAAAUAUUAAAGACUUAGCAUUAGAACAAAGUAAAAAAAAUAAAGAUAGAAAGAAGAAACAUGAUGAUAAAGCAGAAAAUAUUACAUUAGAUCAAAAACAAAUAGAAUCAUAUCAAAAUUUAUUCUAUCUUUUACAAACCGAACCACAUUAUUUAGCUAAAUUAGUAACAUUAAUUCAAGCUGAUCAGAUGGAGGACUUUUUAGAUACAGUAUUUUUAACAUUAUUUGGUGAUGCCUUUACCCCAAGAGAAGAGUUUUUAAUUUUAAGUUUAUUCAGAUUAGCUAUAGGCCAAGAAAUGUCACGUAUUAAAUCAGCUGGUGAUUUGUUAUCAGUCGAAUCAGUCGUACCAAAAAUGAUUAUUACAUAUACUAGAAGAAAGCAAGGUCACGAAUUUUUAAAACAAAUUAUUGCACCAAUUUUAGAGAAUAAUGUUGUUAAUGCACCAGAUUUAAAUUUAGAGUUGAAUGCAGUACAAGUUUAUCAAAAUAUGAUUAGCGAACAAGAAAUUCAAACUGGUGCUAAAUCUACUUUAAACCGUGGUCUUGGUGAAGAUCAAAUUAUUCAACUUAAAGAAGUACAAAAUAUUUUAGAGCCACGUGUUGAAAAAUGUAUUCAAAUUUGCGAACGUUUCUUUACUGGUAUCAUUCAAUCAUUAAAUCGUCUUCCAUAUGGUAUUCGUUGGAUCUGUAAACAAAUUCAACAUAUUGCUCAAAAGAAUUUCGACUCUAAACCAGACGAAAUUGCUAAAGUUAUUGGUUAUUUCGUUUACUAUCGUUUUAUAAAUUUAGCUAUUGUUACUCCAGAUGCUUUUGAAAUUUUAGAUAAAGAGUUAUCAAUCACUUCAAGAAAGAAUUUGGUUAAUAUCGCAAAAGUUUUACAAAAUUUAUUUACACUUAAAACAUUCCAAAAUCAAGGUAGUGAACGUUGGAUGCAACCAUUAAAUUCAUGGAUUUUAUCAAAGACCGAUACAGUUAGACAAUAUUUAGAAGAUUUAGUUCAAGUUACUGAUCCAUCCGAAUAUUUAAGAGUUGAUAAAUAUAAUGAAUUAACAUUAAAGUUAAAUCCAGUCGUUGUUAUUUCAUUAGGCGAAAUUUCACAAACCCAUCGUCUCUUAAUUAAUCAUCUCUCAGCACUUAAAAUGAAAGAAAAAGAAGAUCCAUUAGAAUUAAUACUUAAAUCAUUACCAUCACCAAUUGAAGUUGUCGAAGAAAAUGACCGUGAAAUUCAAUUAACUCUUAUCAAUAGAUUCAAAGAAAAUAUUGAAAAAGAAAUUUCAAUCUCAGCUUCAUUAUUAGCCGAAACUAAGGAGUUGGUUAUCUCUGUAUUUAGAUCAAUACCAAUUCAAGAAAAACAAAAUGCAGAUAAAAAAGAUGAUCUUCUUGCUAUUCUUAAUUUUGCAGUUGCACAUGGUAAACAAACAAAUAACAACCAAUUAUCAACAAAUGCCGAAAAAAUUAUAAAUAAUUUAAAGAAAAUGGAAGCUGAAGGUAGUGUUCAAAGUGAAAAUAAUCAAUAUGAAGGUUUCAUUAAAGUUAUUGCACUCGAAGUUAUCAACCGUCAAGAAAUUAGAGAACAACAAAGAAAAGAAAGAAUGCGUCUUACUAUUGCUCUUCGUGACCUUCGUAAACAUCAAUCUUAUCUAAACGAUCAAAUUUCACAUUAUACCUCUUAUCUCAAAGAUGUUCUCCUUCAUUACGGUCCAAAAGAUAAAAAGAAAUCAAAACCAAUGAAAAUUUCAUUCAAGGAACUCACAAAGAAGGGUGUAAUUGUCGAAUCAGAUAUUCCAAAAAUUUCACACAAUUCUACAAACUUUUAUAUUAGCUCAGAUGCUCCAGGUAUUUUUGAUAUCGAAGCUAGAAUCGGUGUUGCUGCAAUGGGCUCAAUCAGUCUUUCUCUUGAUGAUCUCUUAGAUAAAUCAUCUGCUGGUAUACCAUAUCUCAAACUUGAAAAUAUUGUUUUGGAUGUUAAUAUGACUUUACAUUUAUUAAAUAGACAUUUCUUAAAAAAUAUUCAAUAA